GUGACUGCGCGCCCUCGAGAACCGUCAGGCAGAUGCGGAGAAAGCGAGAGAUGAAACGGCGAAGCAUCGCUGGAACUUAAUGUAACUUUAGCAGCCGAAUACGGGAACUUUGCAGGACGUACUCCAUUGCAGAUUUAGGAUCGUCUGCGCGUUAAUGAACGUGAAUUAACAGGCGUGUAUUUUUAAAGGAUUCGACCAUGGAUGCGGUCGCACCUGGGAAAAAGAGCAGGGUGAGUUCAGAGCGAAGGAAGGAGAAAUCUCGGGAUGCGGCGCGUUGUCGGAGAGGAAAGGAGUCCGAGGUGUUUUACGAGCUGGCCAAAGAACUGCCCCUCCCCCACAGUGUGACCUCCAACCUGGACAAAGCUUCAGUCAUGAGACUCGCGCUCAGUUACCUGCGCCUGCGUAAACUACUGGGCACAGGUGUAUUGGGUGUUGAAACUGAAUUGGACUCUCAGUGGAACAGUUCGGUUCUGAAAGCUCUGGAUGGGUUUCUCAUGGUUCUGUCUGUUGAUGGUGACAUGGUCUACUUGUCAGAGAAUGUGACCAAGUGUCUUGGCCUUCCUCAUGUUGACCUUAGUGGACACAGUGUGUUUGAGUUUACUCAUCCAUGUGAUCAUGAGGAGCUCAGAGAAAUGCUAGCUCACAGGAUAGGUUUAUCUAAGAAAGGGAAAGAGCACCAAACAGAUAGAAAUUUUCUACUGAGGAUGAAAUGUACACUGACUAGCAGAGGGCGUACCGUCAACGUCAAAUCUGCCUCCUGGAAGGUUCUGCGCUGCUCGGGCCACAUCCACAUAGCUGACACACUUGAGAAGGUUGUGUGUGAGGAAAUAAGUCUGUGUUCGACUUACCUGGUGGUGAUCUGUGAGUCUAUUCCUCACCCGGGCAACAUUGAGGCACCACUGGAUUCUAGAACAUUCCUCAGCCGCCACACUUUGGAUAUGCGCUUCACCUACUGCGAUGAUAGGAUCACAGAUUUGUUGGGUUUUGAUCCAGGGGAUCUACUGGAGCAUUCUGUGUACGAGUACUAUCACGCCCUGGAUUCCGAUCACAUGACCAAAACCCACCAUAACCUGUUUGUGAAGGGACAGGUAUGUAGUGGGCAAUACCGUCUGUUGGCUAAAGCGGGAGGCUUUGCCUGGGCAGAAACUCAGGCCACAGUGAUAUAUAACAAUAAAAACAACCAGCCACAGUGUGUGGUCUGUGUCAACUACAUCUUCAGUGGUAUUGAACAGCCCAAAGAAAUUCUGUCCCUCCAACAGAUCAACAGCACAAAAAUAAAACAGGAAGAGGUGGAAGUCAAUGCAGAAGUGACCCUGGUGGUACGGAAAAUGGAGAGUAAAAAGGGCGACGAGGAAAAAAGGUGUUUGGACAAUAUUGAUCUGCAGCCUGCAGUUCCACAUGAGAACCUAAAGGGGGAGCCAGAGAGACUGACAGUUGUACACUCUGCAACAGCAUGCGCUGCUCUCACGCUGGAUAUCAACAGCACGGACUCAGCGACCUCUGUGCUGAAAGACAUUCCGCUCUACAAUGAUGUCAUGUUACCCUCAUCCAGUGUCCUGCUGCCCCUCUCACCUCUGUCUUCGUCCACUGAUGCACUGUGUUCCACACUAGAUGAUGCCGACUCCUCAACAGCCCAUCUACAGCCUGACUGUUUCCCUGUCCCACAGUCAUCUGAUCUCCUCUUCGAUUCAGAAUUGAGCGACCAGCUAAAACCGGAUCAAGUGGAGAGACUCUUUUCCAUGGAUUUGGAUCCCAAGACAACCUUUAAUAUACAGCCAGUGGGUUUGGAUCUGGAUAUGUUGGCACCAUACAUUCCCAUGGAUGAUGACUUCCAGCUGCGGACUCCAAAGUCAUUGUGUUCCAGCCCAAGUUUAGGAUUCGAACUGCCCACCUCCAGCAGCAUACAAACUUCCCCUUCUGUCCCAGAAGCCCUUGCAGAGCCAGUGUGCUCAGACACAUCUCAGCAGAACACUGGAACCUCCGAGCAGGACAGCAGCAGAGUUAUUAUUCAAGACAGUGAUAUUUCUUCUAAAUGUCAAACCAGCCCAAAGCUUAAGAGGAAUCUUGAGGCAAUAACUCUCUCUGAAGCAAUAAGACUGGGGUCUGUGAUGCAGGUUAUGGCUGAUAUACCUGAGAAAAAGAUCAAACUAUCAGACGUCCCACCAUCAGAAGGGCUCCAUCACACCACGAUACUGCUGCUGCCAUCUGGUGUGUCACCAUGGAUACCACACUUCAACUUCAGCUUUUUGUCACUGUGAAGAAUCCUUGUGAAUGUUGUCAAGGCAGGGUUUGUUAUACACAGAGUAAUUGCUGUUUUUUCUCAGAUGUUACUUUGUAGGAUAAUGAGCAGAUCAUCAGAGGGCGGGGCCAUAUAUGUCAUAUAUAUCAUAUAUAUAUAUCACCCGUUAUGACUGUGAGGUUAAUGUACCUGUGAAGGCGACACCUGCUUACAGGGGGAGGAGCUAUUGUGUGCCUUGGACCUAGUUAUAUGAAUAGCCAUACUUCUAUACAUUAUAUAUUUUAAAGCAAGCUUAAUCGCAAGUUUAUGUUUCUCAUAGACCAAACGUUUUCCCAUUAUGCGGGAGAGAUCAGUGGCAUUGAGGAUUGUAUCGGUUAUCAAGACAGUGAUGAGCAAUCAAAAGCACUGGGAUGAUUCUGCUUCUGAGUAGAUCGAAAAACAUGCUGGACAACUAUAAGAUUUAUCGUAUUAAUAAUUAAUAAAUUAAUAAUUGAGGAAACAGGAAACAUUUCUAAAGCAAAUAUGAGCUGCGCUCUUAUAGGUUAGAGCUAAACGCACAAAGAGAAUAUAUUGUAUGCUGUAUAAGGUAUGUUGUAUUGUCACACAUGGUUGCGCACAAAUGACAUGGAUUACCAGCAGCUUCUUCAGAAAAUGUUAUUUUAUUAGCACUGCUGUUUUGAUAAUUCAUUUCAGGAAUGUCUAAAUGUAUUGUCUUGUUUCUUUGUCCAGAGCUCUAUGUGUCCCUUAUAAUACACAUGUAUUAGUGUGUAUAUGUUGUGAAUUGUCUAAAGUGGCAUUUAGUCUAAUUUGUUUUAUUAAAUAUACAGAGUUUAAAAAUGUGUGUGAAAGUAAUCCGCAUUUCACUAGAGUGAUUCACCUGGGAAUGCAAUUUACAUAAUCAUAUGACAACUACCUUGAUGUUGAAACAAUUACUCAUUAUUAUUAUUGUUACUAGAGGUUCUAUGAAGUUAAAUCUAUAAAAAAUAUCUAGGGCAUUAUAUGUAAUAAGUUCUUUUCCGUAUACUCUCGGUUUUCAGUGUUUAUAGUGGUUUUAGAGAAACAAGAUAUAGUGCAGCCUAGUGUCUGAGCUUUGUCACUGUUCUCGGGUUCUCGCAUUUUUUUUCAGUGCAGUGUCACAUUGUCUUCAGGAAUUUGUUAUGUCUAUGGAAAAUAAAUGCAAAUUCAAAA